GAGUUUGGGGAAAAUUAUAUUGUAUCGAUCCCAGACACUGGCUGCCUGUACAUAUAUUUUCUGCUGCUGCUGCUGCUCUGCUGCUAAGGGGAGAAGGUGCUGGGGAAGGAGUUUAGUCUGAUACUGCAGCCGAUACACACACACACACCUCCUCUCUCCUCUUCUACUAUCUCUCCAUCUCUCUCACUGACAUUUAUCCCUCUGGCUCUCCCCUCUAUUCAUAGCUCUCUAUUUCUUCUCUUUACCUCUUUCUCUCUAAUUUUCCACCCCAUUUCUCUUCUCUUGUGCUGCGCCUCCAUUCCUGCCCUUUGGUGUCUUGAUUUGUUCUAUAUCCUUCCACCUCUUUUCUCUUUUGUAACCACUUCAUCUUUACUUCCUAACCCAUCUCUCACAUUUUUCCUAUCUUUUCAUUCCAUCAUCUCUCCAUUUCUCUCAUCCCUUCUUUCCUACUAUCACUCCAUCUCUUGAUUACCUUCACUCCACCUCACAUCUCCUCCUCUCCAACUUCUCUCUCCUCCUCUAUUCCUCCUCCUUUCACUUUUCCUUUUCUACACUUUCUUCUCUUCUUUUAUGUCCUUCCCGCUUCUUCUCUCUACCCCUGGGGUACCUUCCUUCUGAAUUUACCAAGCUUUCCGUCCUGGAAGGAGACUUUGAGAAGAAGACACCAUUAUUAUGAACCCCUCUUUUUUCACUUUCUUUCUUGUGGUUUAAUUUACCGAACUCCUGCGGAAGCCCCAGCAGUUUGCAUUGGAUACUGGAUGCCAAGGAAAACAGCCGAGCAUGGACUGUAGCUGUGUGUCUGACAUCCUGCUGACUCCCUCAGUGCCGGCUCUCUGGACCCCAGGGUUUGCCUUUCCUGACUGGGCCUACAAACCAGAAUCAAGCCCGGGCUCAAGACAGAUCCAACUGUGGCAUUUCAUUCUAGAACUUCUUCAGAAAGAAGAGUAUCAUGAUUUCAUUGCCUGGCAGGGAGAUUAUGGAGAGUUUGUCAUCAAGGAUCCCGAUGAGGUGGCACGUCUGUGGGGAAUACGGAAAUGCAAACCUCACAUGAACUACGACAAGCUGAGCCGGGCACUAAGGUAUUACUAUAACAAGAGGAUUCUGCACAAGACUAAAGGCAAACGGUUCACCUACAAAUUUAACUUCAGUAAAGUCGUGUUGGUGAAUUACCCACUGUUGGACAUGGCCAACUCCUCCCUUUUGCUGGGGCAGAACCCAUUCCCAGGGGCCCACCCUCAUGAUCCCUUUACCCCAGAGACUUUGCAGUCUCUCUUCUCCUCUACAAGUCGGGCCCCGCUCCUAGAUCGCCCUAUCACUGCUCCAGACACAGAGAAAUUACGCCUAGAAGCAACCUUCCCAUUUCUGGGCUCAGGCUCUGGGUACGCCAAGCCCCCCACGUUGCUGCCACCCUACAACAGAAAUUCUCCUUUUCCAGACUACUCAUGGGGGUUUAACCCCUACCUCUCAAGCAGUUUUCCUCUAAGUGGCUCCAAGUUGCCCACCUCCCUGUAUCCACCACAGUUCUACCCCACCUCACUUUCCCAACUGCCCCCACCUCUCUCUCUCCUGCCUGGGGAUCAUAUGGACAGAUCUAAUGGCUUACUUCAAGGGUUACCCCAGAGGCUCUGCACUAGCCUAAACCCCCACCCUGUGCCCCCUCGAGGAGGGGCAGAUCUAAGCAGCAUUGUGGCAUCAGCAAGGAGAGAGAGGGCUGAGCAGCCAGAAGGAAAGCAGGAGCCCGACUCGGAUUCAGACCUUGAAAUUACGGACGUGAGCGACUGCAGUUCGGAGGCAGAGGGGUGUGUGUACAGCCCCCCAUGCCCAGUUCCCCCCAUGGGCAAAAGCAAAGCUGGAGAUGAACGACCCAAAGCAGAGGCCAAGUUAUCUCUGGAAAAAGCCACUACUCCCACCAGCUAGAAGUGGUGACCCACACAAACUAUAAAUAGAUGUAUAAAUAUAUAUAUUAUAUAUAUAGCUCUAUGGAUAUAUAUUGGGUAAACCCUGUGUUUCAUUAACCUGUUCAUCCCAGAGCCAAUUAUGGGAACAUAUGGAGUUGCCCUACUGCUGACAUGGGGCAAUGUACACUGACAGUUCCCAAGAGCCUAUUCUUUCUCUCCUUUACAUAUUUCAAAGAGAAAAUAAUAAUUUGCCUUAUAUGUCCUAAAUACGUCUGAAGUGCCAAAGCGCCACCAUGUGAGGGUAAAACAGGAGGCAGAAUGUUUGCCAGGUCAGAUAUCUAAGCAGCUCCGUCUUGGGAUUAAAGAGGGGAUCCCACAUUGAGACAGGAAGACAAAGAAUAAAUCAGGGAUAUCCAACCCAAUAGUCCAUACAACCAAGUCCUGUGUCCCAUAAUGUACAAGAAAGGAAAUACACAUGUAUCAUAAGUAUGGGAAAUGUGUGGCGCUGCAGGAUUUGUCAUAAUACAACUACCAGCAGUGUAACCAUAAUAUGUGUUUCCUUUAGCAUUUAACAUUUGUGGCCAAGGUGCCAGAGUUUAGGGGCCAAGGAACAGAACCUAAACCUGACCAUACACUGGAGGUCACCAACAACGUGGAUAUUUUCCCAAUAUGGCUACAUAGGUGGUAGCCCAUACUGGGCUUAUAUACAGGGGAUAUUUUGCCCCCCAGGCCUUCUGUUGGAUAUUAAGGGGCCUGUGCUGACCUGUUGAGAUGGAGGGCAACAUAAAUUUCCCCAAUUUUACAGCCAGUCGGAUUAAUAUCUGGGCAAACCCUGAAGAUAGCUGUCAUUUUGGUUCUAUAUACAGGCCACAAAGCUGCUAAACUGGUCAAGAGUGGCCACAUUGCCUGCUGAUACUUGCUAAUAAAUGGUCACCCUAAAACCCAGCUCCUUUAUUAAUGGCAAGCACACUAACCUGUGGGUCCAGUAGAUUGGAUUUAGAGUCUCUAUCAGCAUGUAGGGUGGUCAUUUCAUAACAGUCGCAAACAUUUUUCCCGUUCUAUUAACCCAUGAGCAAGUAGCACUUAGAUGUUUGCGUUUUAAACUGCAGACCUGUUAUUGGUCGCUGUGGCUUCCGAGACCUGAUUUAACCUUUUAAUUACACCAAUGGGGUAAUGUAAUAAAUGGUACAAUGGUUUCCAUUGAAAAUGAUCCUUCAAACAUAAAAGGGCAGCUGGUAAGGGAAAUGUUUAUAAAUGUUUUAUUCUAAUAGUACACUUACACGUAUCAUAUUGUUUUCCAGACCCUUGGAGCUAAAUUCCCAUAUAUUAAGUCUAUAAAGUGUUUAUUUUUCUACUGACACUGUUGAACAGUGGAUAUCCAUAGGCAUGGUAUCUAUAUUACUGGUAUUCUGCAGUUAGACAGAGCAUUUGCCAAAACUAUGAUUCCAGCUCCUUCAGGGGGGCACUCAGAACUUUACCUGGAACUGAUAAAUAUAGCCAAGAACCCAAAUAGUGAUUGACUGCCACCUUCAGUCGACUUUAUCAAACUGCACUCAAGAACAGCAACUCCCUGCAGGGCUUUCCAUGUGGUGUAGGUAUGGCUGGAGCAGGACAUUGGUGUAUUGUAAUAAUACUACAAUUUGGGAGCGCGAUGCCUCUCCGGAUCAGACCCAAAUAAAGCAUGGCACCAUGGUUCUCCCCAGCCUCAGGAAGCAAAUGUUAUGUACUUUACCCAGAACUUCGGGGGAAGAAGGUAAACUCUUUCCUCUCAGUAAUUGCCCAAUGGUAUUAAAUCCAUACCUUUAGCUGCUAUAAGUGUUCCCUGCAGGGUAGGAAUAGGAGGUGCAGGAAUAUUUUGAUCACUGAUUCGAUCCAGUGUGGAUCUCCUUUUUCAACAUAACAUGGCCAUGCCCUAAAGGCCAGAGCAUAGUGAGAAGUUGGGCAUGGCUAGGCCCGUAUAUAAAAGGCUAUGAUACUUUCUGAAUAUGUUCUUGACUUUAGGAACUCUGUACUGAAGCAAGAAUGAUUGCAGAUAAUACAAGUACUGGGCACUGCCGCUGGGCACCUUUGCCCCAUGACACCUAAUGCCAGUUUUCUUUGCCAUCUAUUUAUUCCAAGCACUUCAUGCCUCUAAGUUCAGAGCUGACCCAUCUGUCCUCCUCCAAUACAAGUCAGUAAAGUUACCUCCUGCCAAUAGGGGGAGCUACAGAUCAGGCUGAGCUACGAGGGGGCAGGCUGGACAAGAGGCCACUGACCUUCCCAUCUAGUCAGCAAACUCCCUUCAUCCACGUUGUUUGUUGCUGCUUUCCGCUCGUGCACCCGACCCGUUGAGUCUCGUGUGGGUGUCUGUGAUCAUCUUGCAGUUUCCCAAAGCACUUUCACCCCUGUGUUUUGUCAGAAUGUCUGUGGGAGUUUUGGGGGUUGGGGGGAGGGGGUGAAACAACAAAAUGUGAAACUUCAGGUGCUUUUUUGUAUCUGUGUUCAGAGGACUGGG